AUGCAGGGUGGACAGGCAUGGGAUCCACCAAAGACAGAAUCCACCUUGAUUUAUGAAGAACCCUGUGUGAAAUUGACCAAAGUGGAUUCUGCAACAAGGCCCUGCAGCUCAAGGCUCCAAAGAGACUGCGAGGAGGUUGUCACCUUGGGUGUUCCUAAGGGAGAAGCUGAAACAUCUAAUGGAGCUCCACCAGAGGCCAGAUGGGAGGUGUCAGACGUUGGGGGUAAAGGAAAGAGUCCACGCCCAUACUUCGCUGCUGGCCUCGCCAUUCUUGGGUCUCACCAGCUGCUUCGGACGAUCUGA